AUGCAAUUCGGCUACGCGAAGUUAUUCCUCUUUCUUCUUUGCCAGUCCAUGCCGGCCGUAUCCCGGCGCAUUGGUCAUAAACACACUCGCAUCACCGAACGACAGGCUCCCGCCUGUACACCAGCCGCUGGUGGAUCGCCCACGGUUGAUGAUGUCCCAGCCAUUGAGUCAGCCAUGGCUGCGUGUCCCUCGGGCACAAUCAUGAUUCCACCGAAGGCUACCUACCAUAUCAACUCCGAGCUUUCUUUCGCCAAAUGCGCUGGCUGCACCUUGCAAGUCGAGGGAACGCUGUUGGUAUCAGAUGACACGAAGGCCUGGAGCGGCAAAGAAGCGGUCUUGAACCUCGAAGACGUGCAUGGCGUCAGUAUUGUUUCGAAAACCGGAACAGGUGUUAUUGAUGGCAACGGACAAGCCGCCUGGGACCUCUUGAACAAGGACAAGAAUUAUUCCCGUGUCAAGUGUCUACUCUACCUGACCGGCAAAACUUCCGGCGUCACCAUUUCGGGACUCGCAAUGAGGAACCCCCCAAAUGUUUUCUCGUCAGUCAAGCAGAGUGUUACGAACGUGACCUAUUCCGAUUUGAUUCUCACCGCUGUGUCCAACAGCGAUGCGUUGCCGAAGAACACCGACGGGUUUGACCUUGGCGGCACUGGCAUUCGCAUGGAAAAUAUCAAAGUUGAGAACGGCGACGACUGCAUUGCCAUCCAGAAUGGCGCGGAAGAUAUCACGGUGACAAACAUUCAAUGCACGGCGUCCCACGGCCUCAGUAUCGGAAGUAUUGGCAAAACGGCUGGCGAAGUCGACACUGUCAAGAAUAUUCAUUUCAAAAACGCGAAGAUGACCAAAUGCUCCAAGGCAGCUGGGAUCAAGAUCUACUCGGGAGGAUACGGCACAGCCGAGGUCAGCAACGUCACCUGGGAGAACGUCAUGGUGGAUGGUACCUCGUACGCCUUCCAGGUCCAGAGCUGCUACGGGUCUGACGAGAAGGAAUGCGCGUCUCAGCCUAGCACCGCGAAGUUGACCGACAUCGUUGUCAAGGGGUUCAGCGGCAAGACCGAUAAAGAUGAGCCGGUCGCCAGCAUCAAUUGUCCGGCCAAGGGUACCUGCGGGCUUUCGCUGAGUGAUAUGAAAGUCCAGUCUGCUAGUGGAGGCCAGGAAUACCAAUGUUCCAAUGCCCAGUCGAUUGGUGUCAAUUGUGUCCCAGGAGCGAGUGGCUAG